AUGUCAUCGGAUAUGAUUCGAUCAUUACAAAUAGACAAUAAUAAUUCAACAAAUAAUGAUAAUCAUAAUAUUACUGAUGUUCUCUUAUAUGCCGAAUCAAAAAUAACACGAAAACAAGCUGUACGUGAAAUAGCUGAUGUUGUCUUACGUGUUAAUAUGAAACCACGAACAGUUAAACAUGCAUUACAAUUACUUAAAGUUCUUUUACCGCCUGAAAAUACACUACCAACUACUGUUGAUGAACUUUUCGGUGCUAUGUUAUCAUCGGAAAAUGAUUGGCGUUUAGCUCAAUAUUUAAUAAAACAUAAACAACAACCAUCUUUUUUAUCAGCACCUAAUAUAUGGAAUGAAAAUUCAAAUUCAAAUAUUUCACUUACUGCUGCUAGUUCAUCAUCAAUAUCACGAAAUCAAGAAUUAUAUACACCAGCACAAUCAUCCUCUUUAUUUUUACCUGUCAAUAGCAGCAGUAGUGGUAGUAGUAAUGAAUCAUCAUCGUCAUCGUCGUCGUCAUCAUCAUCAUCAGCAGCAAGUUCUGAUGACGAUGAUGACGAUGAAAGAAAUAUUCUUCUUGCUAUACAAGGUGCUCAACAACAACGUCUUAUAAACUCAUCACCAUUGCGACCAACGAUUGAAAAUGCGGGGGAUGUAGGAAAUAAUCUGAAUAAUAUAAUAUCAAUAAAUAAUAAUAAUAAUAAUAAUGAAACAUCAGAUCAAAGAUCUCAAAUAGUAUCUAGCUCAUUUAAUCGAUUCCCUGCACUUGGUUCAUUCAAACGUCAACGAAGUGAAACUUCAUCGGAUGAUUCAAGUAGUGAACUUGAUUUAUUUUAUCCAACAAGAUUAUCAGGCAAUGAUAAUGAUAACGAUGAUGAUGUUGAUGAUGAUGAAAGUGACAACGAAACAUCAUUUUAUCCAUUUUCCAAUAAUAAUAAUAAAUCACGCUGUUUUGAAAUGAAUGGAUGUGAUCUACUUGAUGGUGGUAAACGACGUCGACAUUAG